AUGUUUCCAAUAAUACCACAAUAUUUGCCAAGUUCGUCUUCAACAAUGAUCCAUGAAAACAUUAUUGUUGCUAAUUGUGAUUUAUAUCCACAUUUAAAAUCGAAACCAUUUUAUUUGGGUGAUAAACUACAUAGAAAUAAAAGUUGUACAGAAAAUGUGAAAAUUUCAAUAGAACAAAAUUUUUUAAGUUCGAAUUUUCCGUUUGGUGAUGUGAUACAAUUAAUAAAAUUAUCAAAUGAUUGCCAUAGUUUUAAUAUUCAAGUUGCCUUAAAUAAAAGUGAUAAAAAUAUUUAUUUAGAAGUUGUAAAACCAAUUAAAUGUGGUGAAGAAUUCCAAUUAUGGUUUUCCGAUGAUAUAUUAUCAAUUUUACAAAUGGCAUUUCUUACACCAACAAACAUACAAGGUCAAAAAAAAUAUGUUUGCCAUAAAUGUACAAGUAACUUUGAAUAUCCAAACCCAUUAAAAAUCCAUCUAACUUUAGAUUGUAAUCUGCCUUUAAAUUUAACAAAAAAUUCUUCAAUAUUCAAGUUUCAAUUAAUCGACAAAGAACCGUCGCGUCGAAAAAGUUUCGAUGACUUAAACACAAAUCCAAACGACAAUUCUCUUCUUAUCCGACCAAUGAGUGAACCUUCAAUUUUACCACAUCACACAUCGUCAGCAUUUCAACCGUACGCACCGAAAUCAGCACCGUUAACACCUCCGCCAUAUUUAUUAAACAAUAAUAUACGUUUAACUCAAUCAUUAAUUCAAUUUCCAACGACGAAUAUGGUCGAUAUCCAAUCGAAUUUAGAAUUAACGUAUACUCAUGCUGCACAUAUGGAAACCUUAGUCAGUAAUUUGGGUAAAUCAAAACAAGGACAUUUAUGUAUUUAUUGUGGAAAACUAUACUCACGAAAAUACGGAUUAAAAAUACAUAUUCGUACUCAUACCGGUUUUAAACCGUUGAAAUGUAAAUACUGUUUACGACCAUUUGGUGAUCCCAGUAAUUUAAACAAGCAUGUUCGUUUACACGCCGAAGGAGAAACGCCUUAUAAAUGUGAACUAUGUGGGAAGGUGUUAGUUCGAAAACGUGACUUAGAUCGUCAUCUCAAAUCAAGACAUUUAAUUGACACCCCAUCUGAAGAUUUAGUUCCUGAGACAGCUACAAUGCUUCGUAUACGUGAUAAAUAA